AUGUCUGUCCGCGUUGCGACUGUUGGCUGUGGCCAUGGAUCUCUCAAUCAAAUCUACGAAAAUGUGAAGGCGCAAAUGGCAUCUCGCAACUGGGAUUCGGUGGACUGCGUUAUUGUCGGUGGUGACUUUCAGACCCUUCGAAACUCCUACGACGCUGCAUGCAUGUCUGUUCUGCCCAAGUGGAAGCAGAUUGGAGACUUUCAUGAGUAUUACUCGGGACAGCGUGUCGCUCCUUUCUUGACGAUCUUCUGUGGCGGUAACCAUGAAGCCGGAAACUAUCUGUUCGAAUUGUAUUAUGGCGGAUGGGUUGCCCCGAACAUCUACUACAUGGGCGCUGCUAAUGUUCUGAACUUGGGUCCCCUUCGUAUUGCUGGUCUCUCCGGCAUCUGGAAGGGAUAUGACUAUCGCAAGCCACACUUCGAGCGCAUCCCAUACAACAUCGAAGAUGUGCAAAGCAUUUACCAUGUCCGUGAGCUGGAUGUUCGAAAGCUGCUGCAGCUGCGCACCCAGGUCGAUGUUGGCAUCUCGCACGACUGGCCUAAUGGUAUUGAGAAAUUUGGCGAUAUCACCGAUCUGUUCCGUCGCAAGAAGCACCUGAAGGACGACUCCAACAAGGGCGCCCUGGGUAGCAAAGCUGCGCGGGAGGUUCUCGACUACCUUCGACCUGCUUAUUGGUUCUCUGCACACUUACAUGUCCGGUACGCCCUCACGAUGCCGCAUGGCAAUGUCCGCCUGGCCAAGACCAAGCGUCUCCCCGGUGAACCAAAGGGAUGGGCCUACGAAAUCGAAGGCCAUGAGAUGGAGGACCAAGAUGCGCCCACAAAGAAGCGGCCAUCCCCUACUGUCAGUCGAUCGGAUCUCGACCCAACUCGUGUACGUCGAGUAGCUGUCGCCCAGGCUCCUCCCGGAAGUCAUGUCGAGCUCACGGAGACGGAGAAGCUUGCCGCGCGCAACUUCACCAACACCAUUGCGAAGGCCACCGGUUCGACCGAAGAUCGCCUCUCCGCGUGGCAGAGCUUUGGUGCCAGGACUAGCCACUUUGAGGAGGAGAUUGGCCAGAAGCUGCGCGAGGAAUUCUGGGCCAAGAACCCGCGAAGUACCUUUGCCCCUACUGAUGAAGCACGAAGUAACUCGACCCAUGCUAAUGAAGAAGAAAAGAUCGCGAUGAUGCCCACUACGUCUGAACAUAGUGCUGGUCAUGCAAAGCACUCAACCCGGGAGACCUUUCCUCCCCUGUCUCAGAGACACUUGGUUGGGGCCCUUGCCGGCGCAACUAUCCCCUCUUCUUCUGGUGCUCCUGCUGCUCCUAUUGCGGGUCCCGAAGACCGAGCCGCGAAACAAGCCGUAACUGAGGACAUUCGCAGCAAGCUUCCCGGCAGCCUUUCGCGCCCGCCUCCCCGUCAAGAGCAAGGACCAAAGAAGGUCCCGGAGGGUGUGUGGAAUCGGAAGACCAAGUUCCUGGCUUUGGACAAGCCAGGCGGUCGCGACCCGUUUGUCGAACUGCUUGAGUUGAACCCAAUCUCUGGGAACGCUCAAGAGUACCAGCGCCCCUUCCGCUUGCGCUACGACAAGGAGUGGCUUGCCAUCACCCGUGUCUUCGCCCACGAGCUGAAGCUUGGAGACCCCGCCGCUGUCGUUCCCGCCAACCUUGGAGAUGCAGGAUACAAGCAGGAGCUUGAUUCCGCGGCCGAGUGGAUUGACCAGAACGUUGUGAAGAAGAACAAGCUGGACGUUCCCGAGAAUUUCAAGCGGACGGCACCAAUCUACAACGAAGAGGUCCCCAUUACUACCGAGGUUGGCCCACCCGAGUACACCAACCCCCAGACCACCGAGUUCUGCGCCCUCGUUGGAAUCACCAACAUGUUCCACUUGUCGGACGAGGAGCGUGCGGCUCGCAUGGCGGCUGGGGCGCGCCAACGUUCGCCCCAACGCAACGCUUGGGACCCGGCGUGGCACUCGUGGCGGAGCUGUGCGCAAGCAUGGCAAUUUCAAAAACUGAGGGAGAGAGGUAUUGGGGGCGGACGGGCGAUAGAAAAGGACGGUGAAAGGGAGAAUCGAUGA